GGGCCUAGGGGUUAUUCACACAAAGGCAGGCAUGCUCUUGUUUCUUCUUUACCAGCUCCUUCCUCUGAUUGCUCUACACCUGUGUUUGUGUAGCCUGAUCCAUGGCCCGCCCUAAGCAUGCUCCUAUAUGUAGGGAGGAAAGGAGAGGAUUAAUGCAGCAACUGCCCACGACUUUCCUCUGCAGGUGGCAUGCAUCAGGUAGGAAAACGCAAGAGCUGCUCUGGAAGAAUAGUCUAAAGACAGUGACAUUAUCAAUGCUCAACAAGCAGGGAGCACGGGCCAAGGUAUAGAAAGCCCCUCAUCUGAAAUCCUGUGAGUAUUACCGACUAUCUUCCUGGGUUACCAGGCGAGAUCUCCUUAAGGACAGACAGCAAGAAUCCAUCCAGUCCUCAUUCAAAGAUGUCCUUGGACGACAUGAAAAACCUCCACCUGGAGGAACAUCACCUGCAGCCAGAAACCAAGGAAGUGAAUGGGAUCCUCAUGUCCAAGAUGAUGAGCGACAACUGGGACAAGAUCUGGAACUUCCAAGCAAAACCCGAUGAUCUCCUCAUUGCAACUUAUGCAAAGGCAGGUACCACCUGGACACAGGAAAUUGUGGACAUGAUCCAAAAUGAUGGGGAUGUACAAAAGUGCCAGCGGGCCAACACCUUUGACCGCCACCCUUUCCUCGAGUGGACUUUGCCUCCACCCCUCAACUCAGGUCUAGAUCUGGCUAACAAAAUGCCUUCACCUCGAACCCUGAAGACUCAUCUGCCUGUUCAGAUGCUGCCACCUUCCUUCUGGAAAGAAAAGUCAAAGAUUAUCUAUGUGGCCAGAAAUGCCAAGGACUGCCUGGUAUCUUACUACCAUUUCUCAAGAAUGAAUAAGAUGCUGCCUGACCCUGGUACCUGGGAAGAAUACGUUGAAACAUUCAAAGCUGGAAAAGUGCUGUGGGGCUCCUGGUAUGACCAUGUAAAGGGAUGGUGGGAUGUGAAAGACCAACACCAGAUUCUCUACCUUUUCUAUGAAGACAUGAAAGAGGACCCAAAGAGGGAAAUUGAGAAGAUAGUAAAAUUCCUGGAAAAAGACAUAUCAGAGGAAGUUCUAAAUAAAAUCAUCUACCAUACUUCCUUUGAUAUAAUGAAGCAAAACCCAAUGGCCAACUAUACCACUCUACCCAGCAGCCUCAUGGAUCACUCUAUUUCCCCUUUCAUGAGGAAAGGGAUGCCUGGAGAUUGGAAGAACCACUUUACUGUGGCUCAAAGUGAAGAUUUUGAUGAAGAUUACAGGAAGAAGAUGGCAGGGAGCACCAUUACUUUCCGCACAGAGAUCUGAGAGCCAUGCAGUUGGGGCUAGAUUUCAAAUGUUUUAGUCAUUUGAACCUCAUGUUAAAACAUAUUUAAUACCUUUCCUCUAUUCCUGAGCUGACGCCCAAUUCUGUAGGUCCUAUCAUACUAUUUCAUCAAAGUUUAACUAAACCCUAUAAGUAAUUAUUCUUAUUGACACCUACUACACAACCAUGUACUUUAAUGUGCUUAGGCUAGCCUAGAGUUGUCUUGUCUCUUAGAGGCAAAACUCAUGAAUAGGCAUACACAGGAACAGGAUUCCCACAUAAGAAAGUAAACAAGAAAAGCUAAAAGAAUGAGAAGUAAGCACUGAGCAUAAAUAGAAGGAUAGCUGGUUUUCUUAACAAUUGUCUUUGUCUGUUGUGAAAUACUGUAACAGAACACCUAGUUAGUUUAUAAAGAAUAAAAAUAUUUCUUAUCA